GCUACCAGACAAGCUUUAGUACUCUGCUUGUACUCACGCGUACACCGCGUUGUUUACUCGUAAAUCUCCUUAUUUAUUUGUGAAUAAUGAUUUUCGUCAAAGUGAGAAGGAUAAUUUAAUUUUGAUAUCUACAUUAUGUAAACAAAUUAUGGCGCUGUCCCAUCAAUGGUUUGUACAGUGGUCAUCACCUUCUAUGGUGAUUAAUGAUAUCAAUAACCGUUACAGUGAUGUAAAUGAUUGGAAUAAGGUAAACAAACAAUGGGAAUGGAGAGUCACAUUACAGAAUAGUGAUGGUGGCUACAACGAGGAUCCAAAUGGUCAUAAACAGGAUUACGACUACUAUGAACGUAAAACAACCGCUAUGAAAAAAUACGAUGGAUCUCAGGCAGCUGGUUUUGCGCUAUGGUUGACUAUGUUAGGUGUAGCCCGUGCUCAGACUAUACCUGCGGACUUGGAUACACCACCUUUUAGUACACUCUACAAAUGGAAGCAAAUCGAUUUCGAGUUCCCCUCUGCGAAUCACCGAUGGCAAGCAGUCAACUCAGGUAAAUAUAUACCAAAAAACGUAUUGCCACUCGGUCUGGAAGUAUGGGGUCCCCGUGUAUUCAUCACUGUACCUCGAUGGAGGCGUGGAAUACCGGCAACUGUGGCUACAGUCUCACGAUAUGGAGGAUUGACUUCACCGCCACUAAAACCAUAUCCUAAUUGGCAAUUUAAUAAUCCUUCAAACAACGGCAAAGACUGCUCUGGAUUAACAUCAGUCUUUCGAGUCCACGUAGACCCUUGUGGAAGACUGUGGGUACUAGAUUCUGGUCAAAUUGAUUCUGUAGAUAAAGCAAAGCAAGUUUGCCCACCCAGUUUGCUAGUAUUCGAUCUACAAACGGACACACUUAUCGCUCGUUAUACAAUCCCCAAAAAAUAUGUACUGGAAGAUUCCCUGUAUGCAAAUUUAGUAAUUGACACAAGAACAGAAGACUGUUCAGAUGUUCAUGUUUAUAUAGCAGAUACAUGGCGUUUUGGACUCCUCGUCUUUAGAGAGAGUGAUGGGAAGUUUUGGCGUUUUUCUCACCCCUUAUUCUUCCCUGAUCCGUUAGCUUCGAAUUUUACGCUGCACGGGCUCAAUUUUCAAUGGACUGAUGGAAUCUUUGGAUUAGCACUAUCUCCGAUCGACACUUACAGAGAACGUAUAUUAUUCUUUCAUUCUAUGUCGAGUUAUAGGGAAUUUUAUGUAUCAACAAAUGUGCUACAAGAUCCAACGCGCAUAAAAAAUAGUUCAUCGGAUUUUAACUUGGCUGGUGAGAGUAGAGGAUUGUUUGGACAAUCCUCCGCUUCAGCUAUUGACGAUAGAGGCGUUAUGUUUUAUGGUCUAGUCACCCGUGAUAGUGUGGGCUGUUGGGAUACAAAGAAGCCAUAUACGAAGCUAAUGAAUGGGGUGGUAGCUAAGAAUUCCGAGACUCUAAUAUUUCCUAAUGACAUAAAAAUUGAUCAAGAAGAGCGACAACAUGUUUGGGUCAUUUCCAACCGUUUGCCUAUGUACCAGUCAGGCCCAUUAAACGCUGAUGAUUACAACUAUCGCCUUAUGUUUGCGGACACGGAAGAAGCGGUAAAGGGAACUGUUUGCGAUCCUGAAAUAGAAUAUCCUUCAUUUAAUGUAGGCCUGACAUUAUUGAGUUUACUAACUGUAAACCACAUACAUGGACUAGUUGCUCACAAAAAAGCUAUAGGCACUUUGUACAGAUGGAAACAACUGGAGUUCGCAUAUCCAACGCCUGAAGAGCAAGAGGAUGCAAUAAGCAAUCAAGACUUCAUCCAGUCUAAUGUAAUACCAUUAGGGGUUGAGAGAUGGAAAGACCGAGUAUUCGUGAGUACCCCACGGUGGAAAAAGGGAGUACCAGCCACGUUGUCCUGGUUGCCGAUCCAUGCUGAAUCCGAAUCGCCACCACUGGAACCAUACCCAGACUGGGAUUGGCAUAACGGAGAAAACUGUACUGGUUUUACAUCAGUAUUUCGCAUGGCAAUUGAUCACUGCGGAGUAAUGUGGGUUCUUGACUCUGGGCAGGUGGAAGCUUUUGAAACACCGCGUCAACUUUGCCCACCAACCCUAUUUGCUAUUGAUCUAGAAACAGACACCGUCAUUUCACGUUACCAAAUUCCAAAUGAAUUUGUUCUACAAAAUUCACUCAUUACAAAUAUUGUAGUAGACUCAAGAGAUGCUCGUUGUAAAGAUCUUCACGUCUAUAUAGCUGAUGCUUGGCGCUUCGGUUUAAUUGUAUUCAGAGAAGAAGAUACAGCUUUUUGGCGAUUUACUCACUACAGUUUCUAUCCAGAACCAUUACUAUCGAAUUAUACACUACACGGACUUAAUUAUCAGUGGUCCGAUGGUUUGUUCGGUAUGGCAUUAGGCAAAUUUCAAUCAGGAGAUCGACCUCUCUACUAUCAUUCUAUGUCAGGCUCCCAUGAGUUUAUAGUUAGCACGGCUGUCCUAAGAGAUCCGUCACGCCUUAGUAACGCUGUAAGUGAAUUUAAACUUCUUGGUGAGAGCCGUGGUCCCGAUGGACAAGUCUCAGCCGCAGCCGUUGACCGCAACGGUGUUAUGUUCUAUAACCUCAUUUCACGAGAUAGUAUCGGAUGUUGGGACACGCGUAAAGCUUAUAAAAAUGAGAACUUGGGUCUUGUAGCUAAAAAUAACAAAACAUUGGUUUUCCCCAAUGAUUUACGGAUAGAUCAUGAAAUACCACAAAAAGUCUGGAUAAUAACAAAUCGUUUACCGUUCUAUCAAUUCAAUCUUAUUAAUCCUGAAGAAUUUAACUAUCGGGUAAUGUAUUUAGAUCCUAAUCAGGCUGUAGAAAAUAAUAUAUGCCAACCAAAUACGCCUGAAUAA